AUGGUCAAAAUCGAGCCGUUCGAAGUGGAGCAAUGGUUCGACCGUCUAGAGAACACUCCAGGGGUGCUCAACGUGGCAGAGACGUGCGCAGCAUCCGUGUCGUACGAUGACCUGGUUCAUCUAUGCGAAGACAAAACUCUACCAGAUCCCCUUCGGCGCUCCCAGAAGCUGACAUACGGAGCGAUCCGAGGGUCCGAACAACUCCGCCAGCGCGUUGCCUCCCUGUUCGGCCGCGCAUCCGAAGCCGAGCCUCUCCCGGCCGGCAAUGUCAUUAUUACUCAAGGAGCUAUCGGGGCCAACUUCCUUCUUUUCUACACCUUGAUCGGGCCUGGAGACCACGUCAUCUGUGUCUAUCCUACGUAUCAGCAGCUGUAUUCUGUUCCUGAAAGCCUCGGAGCCGAAGUGUCUCUGUGGAGGUUGAAGGAGGAGAAUGGUUAUGUGCCCGUUGUGGAGGAGCUCGAGGGCUUGGUGAGGUCCAAUACCAAGAUGAUUGUCAUCAACAACCCCAACAACCCGACUGGCAGCACGAUGCCCAAGCGUGUCCUCGAAGGCAUAGUUGCCUUCGCGAAACAGAGAGGGAUCAUAAUACUCUCGGACGAGGUCUACAGCCCUCUUUACCACUCUCUUCCGGACGGCCAGGAUGCACCUCCAUCCGUCCUUGCUUUGGGAUACGAGAAGACGGUGGCGACGGGCUCAAUGUCCAAGGCGUUUUCGCUGGCAGGCAUUCGGCUGGGAUGGAUAGCGUCCCGGGACAGGAGCAUCAUUGAGGCGGUGGCGGUUGCCCGCGAUUACACCACCAUCAGUGUGUCGCAGCUGGAUGACCAGGUCGCAAGUUAUGCAUUGUCUCAGCCGGUGAUGCGGCCGUUGUUGAGCAGAAACAUGGCGCUUGCCAAAACCAACCUGGCCCUGCUCAGCGCCUUCAUCGAGCGGCACGCCACGGUCUGUUCUUGGGUGAAGCCAACGGCAGGGACAACUGCUCUGGUGCAGUUCAAGAAAAAGGGGGUCCCAGUUGAUGACCCCAAGUUCGUGUUGGAUUUGCUGAAAACGACAAAUGUCUUGGUUAUGCCGGCCAACCCAUGCUUCGGACUCGGGCAAGACUUCAAGGGGUUUAUUCGGUUUGGCUACGUGUGCGAAACCGAGGUUUUGAUUGCUGGGUUAGAGAAGCUGGAGCAGUAUGUCAAGGAGCAUCUAAUGUGA